UCUACGAAUUACCAGAAACGAGAAGAAUUCACAAACAGCACUCAACUGAAUUCAAUGUCUUCUGCCUCUUACAUUGUCAAAUCGCUGCUUACCCGAGUCAUUUUUGCCAGUCAUAUAAUUGUGUCGGUUUGGUGGGUUGUACAAGUUACUCUCGAUGAUAGACUAUGGUAUCUGGCUUUCUUCGAAGGACUGCUUUUCCUGGAGACACUGUUCUCUAUGUUUUACAGAAGAGGGCAAGAGUAUAAAUGGUUUUCUCCAUCAAUCUUCUGUCAUCUGGCUGGAAUCAUUCCCUGUGCCUGGAUUCUCGAGUUUCAUCUUCUGGAGGCGCGGGAAAACGGCACCUCAAAUAACAGUCUCAACGCGGACGUGCUCAUUGUUUCAGCGGAGAGAUGGACAGACUUAAUAGAACAGACCACCAUGUUGAUGAUGAUUCUCGGUCGUUGGCUCCUGCCAACAGGUCAAGGCAUGACUAAAGACUCCCUCUCGCAGCUUCUCCUCGUCAACCUAGCCAUGUGCGCCGACAUCAUUGAGUUCUUUGAUAUUCUUAAGCUAGCUUUUGUGAAAUCUUCUCCAACACUUAUCGCCACGAUCUUGUGUCUGUGGACCUGGAGUUUGAUGCAGUUUCCGUUUAACACUAUGUCGAAACUUGACCCCGAAGAAGAAGAAGAAGGAAAGAACGAUCGAAAGCCCGCGAGAGAAAUAAACAAAAUGCAUAGUAGAAGAUCGAUUGUUCCUUACAGCACAGGAAUUGAUUUACCGGCUCACGAAACCAACAGGGCGUCGAUGACGUCAAUGGACUUCAAGCACGCCAUUGCUGCAAAGAGACUAUCACGUGACAUUUUGCUAAUGUCGCAUAAUUACUCACGUGGUUUGCCACGUGGCUAUUUGCCAGAUGUUCGGCGCAAUUCCUACCAGCCUCAUUUGGGUGAAACAGACGAGGCCUUUAAUAAUAAUCCUGGGCCUGAAACGAGCCAAAUUCAAAACGCCCAGGCCGAACCAGGCACUUCGAAUGGUCAUCCGAGAGGGCCUGGACGAUUCUCACUGCCGACUGUGGGACAAAUGAGACCGAAGCGCAAGAUGGGACAUAUGACAACAUCAAUGACGUCACCAAAUCUUCGGCUCGAGUUUAAUGAAGGCAAAGACAGAACGAUUCCUUUAAAAGAAAAAAUUACAAGACCCAGCUCCCCAGCACCAGAAAUAUGCGUUGAUAUGAGUAACGAGCCGGUGGAAGAGACAACCAAAUCUCGAAUCACGCCAGAGCUUGUAGGAAUCUUGAUGUCUUUGUUCAUGCAGGAUGGACCAUUCCUCACGUUCCGCUUAUUCAUAAUCGCCCAAUAUCAAGCUUACGAGUACAUGGUGAUUUUCUUGACCGCCAAAAACGCGCUGGUACUAGCGUUACAAGUCUACCGCCUGUGUGUUCUGCACUGCACCUGCUAUGAUCACAAGGAGAACGACUUUUCACCCGACAACGAAAUCGACGCCAAUUCUCGGUUAAAGAAUGUCCAGGUAGCCGUCACACACGAGGACAAAGAAGAAUCUGAGGACGGAUCGGUUCACACAGCGGGCUGGAACUUGACAGGAAAAUGGCGUAGAAGUUUUAAAGGUCCGUUCUUCUAUUCCCACGCUUUCAAUUCACAAUCCCAUUUGGCGCCAUAACGCAACGAUUUUGCGAAACAUUCCGGCAGGUAUCACACUCUUUCUCAUGAUGGCGAGGGACGAGAAGACCCUGAAAACUAACAUGAUCUCAUCGAGAUCCAUUCUCGUCCCCAGAGCCUCCGUUUCUAUUAGCCACGUGCUCGGCUCGUAGCGACAUUUAAAAACGAGUAGCACUGGGGAAGAGAAUGAUCGAGGUCGAAGCUUGAUUCUUGUUCUUACUGCGCACGCUCGGCGAAUCUGGUUUUAUACCACGGAUCAAAUUAAUCGAAUGCACUUGAACGGCAUUGAGACAGUUGUCAACAAAAAGUGAUAAAGCGUCGUAAUCAUUCUAGAUGGUUGGCAGUUUUCAUACGUUUUUGUCACUUAGGAACGCGGUCCUCCUCGCGGUUCUGACAUACAUCUGACAUCAUUGUUCAUAUCGGUUGAUUAGGGGGGAAGUACAGUCUAGCAGGGCGUUAAGAGACUAAAGAAGUCGGAACGAAAUUUGUAGCGGCGAAAUGCAUGCGGAUGGUAUCUAUAUUUCGCCUAUCCUUCUCGUGUUUUGUGCGUACAGAGAAAAUUAGUAACAGGGAUUAAUGGAUUCCGACAUUCUUAACAUUUUUUAUAAGAUUGUUAAUGUUUCACUGGCCUUCACUGAAACACAAGGACGUCGGCUUGUAAGGAAUAUUGUUAACUGCUAUUGAAGGCAAAAAACAGCGAAGCUUUUACUGUGAAGAUUAAGUUGACGCAAUCCUCCAUGCCAUUGACUACCCGACAAUUGCUUUCAAUUAAUUACUGUAAUUAGCCCUUUGAAUCCUGUUAAAAUAUGUAUAGAGCACAACUGUACAAUAGUUUAAUAAAAACAGUGAUACACUGCAAUGCCGGAGUGAUGCGUUCGUUCAAUCUCAAUCACCCAAGGGCAACAAGUUAAACUUCAAAAGCUGGAGUAGGAAGAUAAGUUAUUCGAGAUUGAACGGACUUAAGUACAGCGAAGGACACCGCAACAAGAAAGCUUGUGCAUUAAGACCCAUUAAUGACAGCUUGCUUGCCAAUAUACCCACAAUGGGCAAUAAUCCAAGAAAACAAUAAAGACAACUUAACAAUUUUCAAAGGAUUCUGCAUUAAAGGAUUUUAAGUUUUUCGUCGUACACAUAGCCUGUUAUUGGAGGCUACAAGACGGGACUGGUUAAUGAAAAGAAAUUUAAAGUUUCAUUUUUCAGCGAUGCUGGAACGGCGAACUUAUUGUUUACCGUAUGAAACAAAAGGUUGUACAUGUUUAAAAUAUGUACCCGUUGAAAACAACCCAAGUACAUCAUUUGCACAUUCUGAGAGUUAUAUACAAGUGUAAAUAAAUAUGUUAGGUGAAAAUAAAUGUUAUGUUUACAGAUUUCAAUUCUAGCUAGCAUCAGGAUAUUCAUUCUGAUUGAGAAUUUGGAAAAAGCUUGGUAUACCAUGUAAACGUAGAUAAAAUAUUUUAGUGUUGAAGUAGCUUUGUACAUCCGAUUGAACAAAAUUCUUCGCAUUUCAAGUGAUCACUUUGUUCAGGUGAUAAGUUCCAAGUUAUUAGCUUCAAAACAUGAGUACAUUGACGAGGACUUCCGGCCUGUUUUCACUGUCUUCAGAUUGUCCUAGCUCAAACAAAAAA